AUUUUCUCUGAGUUCAAAGUUCAAAUAGGCAGCCAUCGACUCACUUUCCAUAAGCACUGUCUAGUAGUGUUGUGUGUAGUUUAAUAUAAUAUGCUUAAGUAAAAUUUGUUACAUCUGAAAACUAAUUAUCAAACAAAAUGGGGAACCCGAAAGAAAGCAAAGGGAACGACAGUAUUCUAAGUAAAGCUUUGCAGCAGUAUAUCAGAUUGUUACAAGAGCGACCAGUUAUUACAAAAUCAGUAACCAAGUAAGUUUAGUUAACUAAAUUGAAAGUAAAAAGCUUAAAAGUCAUGAUUCAUAUUCAUAACAUUAAUUAUGAUUAAUUAAUGGUUAGUUACAACUUGCAGUUCAGUUCAGUAGUAAUUAGUAAUAGUAUUACUACUAGGCAUAGUAAUAUUAGGCCUAGGAGUAGAAUUAGUAGUAGUGCCAUCAAUGUUCCCUAAGCCUAAGGCUAAGGUUUGUUGGUUCCCGAGUUCCUGUGCUAAAUCAUAAUAAUCAUACAUGUGCUAAGUAAAAGUUUUACAUUACAGCAUCAAUUUUUGUGUGCAGAAUUUUACAACCCACAAACACACAUUUACAUGGAAAUUUGCUGCACUGAUACUCAAAACUGCUGCACGGCGUCUGUGAGAUAGCUGCGCAGCCUCGCAGCUUAAACGGAACAUUGGUGCCAAUGCUAUUUUAAAUAUUUUAAUGAAUUAAAAUGAGUAGUUACAAUUACAAGCAUUGCAAUAUCUUUUACUUUUACUACUAAACUACCUAAAUACUUAAGUAAGAGUAAACAUGGACUAUAUGCUAGCUACUCAGUAUACGCACCAUGACGUUUCACAUGGCCGCCACCUUGGUUGCUAAGGCCAUAAAAGGUCAGGGAUCAUGGCAACCAAGGUGGCGGCUGUGUUAAAAAAACCUCAUAUCUGCUAAAAUGGGGAGAGAAAGGGAAAAGUAGUCAGUAAAUCAAUGCAGACUCAUUUUCCAAAAUGCCAGAAAAUUUAAAUAUUAUAUUUAACCAACCAAUGAAUUUGAAUUUAAAACAUUCCAAUUGUCUUGUUAAAGAAAAGUUAACUCUUGUAACAACAACACAAGAGGAAGUGAAUUCAACGCAGAAAUUUAACAUAAACACAUAAGUAUGUCAUGCACAAAUUUUCUUUUUUAGCCAUAGAGUUAAGGGAUCAUCAGAUUCCUAAACUAGGAUGUAGCCUUAUAAAUUUAAAGAAUAUUCAAUUAUUUAAUGGUCCCUUUUAAGCCUAUCUAAACUUUAUUUAUUAACAGUAAUUUUGGUAAUCUACCACUUCAGCGUCCUUAUUAAAAAAUCGUGUUGUUCCGAUUUAAAGAACUGUUUAAACGGUUAUUCUUUUAUUGAAGUCCGUUAAAAGUCUCGUUUUUCGGUGGUAUAGAAAGUAAAAAAAGAUAGCAUGGGCGCUUCUUUGAAAUUCCAGACCUACGUGCAAUCACAUUACAGGAGUGCAUAGAGAGUUAUACCUUUACAUUUACAUGCUCACGUAUUGUAUGGGACUUAUAGGUGGCUUAUGCCAACAUAAACCAGAUCAUUUAUGGAAUCUACUAAUGCUCUAUCGUGGUCCAUCAAAAAAAAUUUUGUCAAUCUAAAUGACAGUGUUGUCCACAUGGAAUAUUUGAAAAUAUGUGGAUGUGCGCAAAAUCCAAACUAAAAAGUUUGCUUUGUAUUUUGGUGUGCUCUUGUUCCACAAUCAUUUUCUAGGAGAUGAUAUAAACUUAAACUCUGUUUUCUUUCCAUACAUUAAAUUGUUUAAAUUUUUAUAUUUUAAAAUUUAUUAAUUUGUUUAAAAAAUUUUCUAUUUUUAAAAUUUUGUCUUUUAUAUUUAUGCUGAAAUGAAUAUGUGCAAUCUCAUAAAAAACAUUUCACCCCAUUUAAUUGGAUAGAUGAAAGAAUUUUAUCUUAUCACUAAAAGAAUAACCAUUUAAAUAACACUUUAAACUGGAACAACACUAUUUUUUUAAUAACCGACACUCGAGUGUUAAAUUGCCAUUUUAUUUACUUAGGGCAAAAGCCCUGUUGGGGUUAGUAGUAUAAAUCAAUUCAUUAAUAAGCUGCUGCAUUUUUUAAUUACUAAAAUUUAACUUACCUGUACUCUACUGCAGUUUGAACUUAGUAGAUCUUUAAUGACUUUUUUCUCCUACUCGAGUCUUUUCAAAUUGUAAAACUUAAUUCUCCCUGUCUCUUUUUCUCUCCCUUGUUCAGUUUAUGUAUUAUGGUAAUUUUAAAAAAAAGUUAUGCUGGUGCAGCUGUGACAGGCAUAAGUCAGAUGUUCCACCAUUAAACUUCAAAGAACAAUAUUAAUCAUUGACAUGUUAUUUCAUUAUGCCACACUUUUAUUCCUUCUUGGCCAUUAUUCAUUCUAGUAUAAAUAUAAUCUAGUAAUAUGUUCGUUACUUACACUUACAAUGAGAAUUUUGUUUUACUGAGUACUGAGUAAGGGACCAUACAUAAAUGAUGUCCUGCUACUUUGGAUGAUUUUUCAAUUUUUAUCAUACAUUGUCACAAAUGCAUGACCUCCUUUCCUCCCCACCCAGACAUAUUAUGUCAUUUAUGGAUGGUUCCCCAAGACAUGAAAAUCCUUUUAAGAGAUUUUUUUUUUUUCAUUUUACCUGUAAAGUGACACGGGACUUAAAAAAACGUUACAAUUUAAUUAAUAAAUAAUAUUAGCCUAUUAAACUGACAUUUUGCAUGAAACCUGCUGUUCACUUGAGCAACCAAUAGUAUUUUAAUUGAACCUUUUGAGUGCCAAUGAAAUUUCAUAGAAUUUAAAUAAAUAUGUUUACUUUUGGUGUUUAGUAAAAUAAAUAUUUUUUUAUAUGGCUGCACACUUCGCAUACAAAAACAUAAUAAAUGUCAAAUAAAUAAAGUAUAUUUAACAUAAUCACUAACUUAAUAAAGCCUAACUGAAAAAAAAAUGAAAGUGUUCCCAACUUUACCUUAAUAUGAUUUCAUUUCACAUAGUUAAAAAUUGUGCCACUCAGUUAUCUUCAGUUGUCAUUCUCUCUACAACUUCAAGCAUCUAAUUACCUAUUUAUUUUUUUUUUUAAAUAUUCAUUAAGACACAAGGCAUGGUCAUUUUGCUUUGAUAAGAUGUGGUCACAUUUAAUAAUAAUUUAAUGUGAUAUCACUCACUGUAUUUUAAAUAAAAUUAAGUGUUGCACACCCUGGUUCAUUGUAACAGACGAUAAGAAAGCUUUUCAGAAGUUUUGUUAAAGAUGUGAAGAAAAUUUCACAAUUAAACUCUGAAACAUUUAUGCUGCCCCUGUAAAUUUUUUGUUGUUUAAUCAUUUAAUAAUUUAUAACCUUUUUGUUGUUUUUUGUGUGUGUUUUUUCAGUUCAAUUGUGUCUGGCUUUGGCAAUAUAAUUUCACAGUAUGUGGCACCAGAUCCCACCACUGGAGGGAGAAUCAAUUGGAAAAGUGUAUUUGCAUACACUUCAUUUGGGUAAAAUAUAGCAUUUUUUAAUACUAUCUAUAUUGUAAGUUGUAAGUGUCCUAAAUAUUAUUUUAAAAAUACAAACCAUGGAAUGGAGCAUUUCAUACACCUUUAGGUAAUCACCUGGAAGGUGAAAUAAUUGUACUUCCAAAGCUUGGACUUUGAAGUUUAAUAUUUUAUUUUACCAUAUAUAAAGGACCAUAUAAGUACAAGAACAUAUCACCAUAUAUAAUGUUAUGAUAUACUCCACAGUUUCUUUAUUAAUGGACCAUUGAUACAUCACUUUUACGCAUUCUUGGAAAAGAUGUUUCCAAAGGACAAACCGAAUUCAAAAUGGAAAAGAGUACUAUUUGACAGACUAAUUUUUGCACCUCCUUUUCUGCUUGUAUUUUUGUAUUAUGUUUCAAUAGUUGAGGUAAAACAUUUUAUAACAUUUUCUACUUAAAAUUCUAUUCUGCUAUGUAUUGGCUUUGAUUAUAAUUAUAUUUGUAAACAUUAGGCCAUAGUGUAAUGUUGAAAAAUAUAAUUAUAUUAUAUAAAUAAUAACAAAAUUUUAUAAAAUUAGCUACCGGUACUUAAACGAUGCUGAUUGAUAAUUUUAAGCAUGCAUACUAACCUAUAUGGUUUACUCAUGCUUUGUAAGGUUUUAAAAUGUUUUCGAGUUGUAAGGCCGUACAGGAUACUGCAUGUUUUUUUCACUGGAUUAAAAAAGAAUUAUUUUUGCAUAUGACAGUGACGGCACACAAUAGAAAAUCUUAACUGGCAGUGCAUUAAAUUGGUCAACAGGAAGCUGAAUCCUAUUGGUCUCUUCAAAAUGACACAUGGUCCAAAGUCUGAGACAUCUUAAUUUAGAAACUGAGCUUUUUUCAGAACACUGUUCGGUGGUAACUACUUUGAGCAGUAAGCCAUGAUUACAGUUCAGUAUUGGUAGUUCUUAUUAUAACUUCCAAUUAACACUUUAUAUCCACGUUGCACCUCUUGUAAAAAAAAAUAUUUUUUUAAACUAUCCAUAAAUUGAUGGUAAACCUAAUAACUUUGUCAAGACAAACAAAAUGUAUUUCCCUUCAUUAAUUUAAAACAGGAACCUGUCUAACUACAGCAAGCAUAAUGUAAAGAGAAUAUGUCUAAUUACAUCUAAAUUGCUAUUAAGUUCAUUAUCAUAUGAGUUGCUAUUGGUCAGUGUGAAAAAUGCAAAAUCUUAUAAAAAUCAGACUUAAAACAAGCUAAUUUUAUUAAAAAUAUGCAAUCUAUCUAGAUGUAACCAUGAUAAAAUAUGCACUCAGCAAAGGCAAGAUUAUUCUUGAAAAUUAGGCCUAUCAAUAAGACAAAGUUGGCAUGUAUUCAAAAUCUUGAUUACUGUAAUUAAAAGGAUGCAAAAGUGAUAUAUUAUCAUUUUAAAACAAAAAUGUUACCUUUUCUUCUGUACAGUUUUUGGGGGACUUUAGUAUGCUAUUUUAAUCCAACCAGUUGGCAUGUAGGGUUUAAGUGUACAGUUUACUGCCAAAUGACAUUUUGUGAUUCAGAGAAAUGCUCAACGCAGAAAGUUGUGAUGUUUUCUCUUAAUGGAAAACACUGUUGUGAUUGUGGUAAUUAAGGGUUUUAAAGCAAAUUUGUAGUCUUUUAAACCUUUUGCAUAUCAUUAAAUACAAAAUUACAGGCACAAUUGUUUUGUUUUUUUAAAUAGGGUCAUGGUAGCCAGGGAGCACUCAAGAGAAUUAAAGACACCUACUGGAUGAUACUCAAGCUAAACUUGUCUGUCUGGAGCAUUGUUCAGUACAUUAACAUGAAUUAUGUCCCUUUGAAGGUAAGAGCCCUUUUUUUUUUUUAAUAGUUCAGUUUAUUUACUAAAAUGGCCAACACAAUGGAUACUGCUGUCAUUAAAACAAAUUUAAAAGAAAAAUACUUUGUAACAUAAAUACUGUAUAGAUAACAAUAUUUUCCAUGCCUUAUUUUUUAUUUUAUCUUUUUUUAAAAAGUGUUAUAUAGUAGAUAUAUAUAUAGUUAUAAUUUAUAUAUAUAUAUAUAUAUAUAUAUAUAUAUAUAUAUAUAAAAUUUCAGAUCCCCAUUAUUUAUUAAAUUGAAAACAUAAUAUUAACUCUUAGUGUCGAUAGGUCAAAUCCACAUUUUGACGCAAUCAUUUUGUUGGGAUAAAAUUUGACCCUAGGUGAUCACAAUAAUAUUUCAUAACUUUUCUAAUAAAAUUGUGAUAAAAAAUAAAUUCAUUGCACGUUGAAACUAUGAAAUGCCAUAUAGACUGGCUCGCGUCAAAAAACAUGACUGGGGGAAAGCCAGUUAGACUGGUGCAUCAGACUUUAAGAGUUCAUAUCGCAGUGUAAAUUUUCCUGCCAAUUAACUUAGGUACAUAUAUUUUUUAUAAUUAUGGUAAUUUUUUGUUUACAUUACAGUUUCGCACGCUGUUUGGAAAUUUCUGUGCCUUGAUCUGGAUGAUUUUUAUUUCCAUCAAAAGGAGACAAGCUUUAUCUUAAAUUUUGUUUGAUUUUUAUGUGUAAAAACUAUAAUAAGAAGAUUUUGAGUUUCAAAUUGCAUGUGAAAGGAAAAUAUUUCAAAUUUCAAACAAUUUUUUUUAAAAACUGUUUAAGUAGAGCCUUUAAGAAGCAUUGCAUAAACUGAUACAAUUAUAGAUUAUAAACAGAAAAUGAUGCAGAUCAUUUCAUUUUUUACUUGAUAAAAUGUUCUUUGUUUUAUGUUGAAAACAAUUGAGAUUACUGGUUAUAUUAACUUAUGAUCCAGCAAAUAUCGUAAAGUUUCAAUUGUAAGACUGUUACAUCAAAACAGAAAGCUUUAAUACUUUAAUAGGACUUUAUUGCAAAUGUAACCUUGUAAACAAAGAUGUUGAAUCACGGCAUUGUUAAUUUUUUUAACUUAACGUAUGUAACUACUGUCAAAUUAUUGUAACUGUUUUAAAGAUUUUAUUAUAAUAAUAUUUUAUUUCAUUCAUAUUUACAUGUUAGAUUUUUAAUUUUGCUUUAUUCAGACCUCUUGAAAUUGUAAAUAUACUUGUGUGGCAAAUAAAUAAAAAAUUAACAAAAAUGUCACAAGGGAAAAAUAAAGGCUAUACCAUGUUCCAUUCCUGCCACAGAAAAUAGGCAGCAGAUUUUUUAAAAAAUCCUUUCUGGAAGAAAUGAAUCAUGUUCCUUCAGAGAUAUCUGAGGAAUUAUUUUUGCUAAACUAUUAGAAACUUCUGUUGAAUUUUGUCUAAAUUGUAACCUUAGUUUAAAAUCAUAACACAUAAUAGUAACAUAGAUAGAGUAAUUUUAUGAGAGUAAUAAUAUUAAUUUAAACCCAACAUAAAAAAUUUUUUUGCAGUCACACCUCAAUUGGUAACUUACAUUUUUAAAGAAAACUUUAAAAUAUUCAUAUUACUGAAAUGAAUUUCAUGAUAGGCUAGUAAAUGUUUACAUUGUUCAUUGUUAUUGCUUUAAUUAAUUUCUUUUUUAAACCCUUCCUCUCUCAUUUAUUAUAUAUUCUGAUUUCAAAAAUAUUUUUAAAAUAAAAAGGGGAUUGUUACUUGAAGUAUUAGUUGAGUUGAUUGAGACCAAAACAAAAUUUCCUCAAUUUAUUUUCACCUUCAGUGAGAUUUCAAAAUAUUUUAGAAAUCCAUUUGAUUUAGUAAAGGAUUUUAUUCUUGAAAUCUAUGGUACCCAGUAUUAUUAGUAUGUAUAUAUUAUGGUACUUGAGAAAAAGUUCAAUGCAACUGUGUUCUUUUUAAAGAUAUUUUUUUUUUUUUAAAUUUCUAAUUUUAUCCUUAAGGUAUAUUUUAUAGAUAACAGUUUAUUUUAAAACUGUUUAAAAGUUUAUUUUAAAACUGUUUAAAAAGUUAUCUUUAUUAAAACAAACCAAUAAUUUGUAUACCGUUAUGUGUUCUUAACAUAAAAUUGAUAGGAAAAUAGAGAAAAUGGCAUGGGUCUUUUAACAGUUUCAUAUGUGUUUAUGAUCAUGUGUUAUUGAUGUAUUGUAAUUAGAAUUCAAACUGUUGAUGUUAAACAGUUGAAGUCAAAUAUGACAGAUGUAUGGAAAUAAUUUUUUUUUUUUAAUUUAAGUUUUUCUUUUCUUAGCUUUGAUGCAAUAUCAUCAAAAAAGGACUAAGGUAUUUUUUUAAUAUUUUUUUUUAAAAGUUAAUUUACUUGAUUUUUCUAGCUUAAUAUUAUUUUACUUAAAAUACAAUUGCAUUAAAAAAAAUCCAAUCAUGAAAUGUUGAUUGUUUGAAUAUAUUAGACUUACUGUAUACUGGAAGUAAGUUGUUUUGUUGUUUUUUUUUGUAACUAUUAAACAUUUUAUGUUAUAAUCUUGUAAUUUUACAGUGGGAUCUCGAAGUUUGUCUGUGACUGGUCCAUGGGGAUAGGUUGAUGUUACAUACUGUUAUUAGUUAUAGUUAUAAGGUUUGAUAAAUUUAUUCUGUAUUAAUAUUUGGCUCAUUAGAUGAACAAUACGUAACAAAGGAGGGAAAACCAGUAUACAAUAAGAUAUUCUAUUAUUGAUCCAAAUAAAUAGAAAUGUUAUUUGAUCACAUUGUACAUAUUCGUUUUCAGCACUUAAAUAACUAUAUAUUUACUUGGCAGUGAACCGAAAUAAGGUUAAAAAAUCUAUAUAUAGUGCUAUAACAGAAGGUCUCAACACUUGAUUAACUUGAUUUAAAACUAACAAAGGUCUCAAAUUUGAUAGCCCUUCAAACGUGUCUUUGGCUGAAGGAAAGCUAUUUGUUACUCGUUCUAGAGCUUCUCCAAACACAGUAGAUAAUAUCAGUGCGUCCUCUAGCUGAAAAAAGUCUAUUUAUUACUCGUUCUAGAGCUUCUCCAAACACAGUAGAUAAUAUCAGUGCGUCCUCUAGCUGAAGAAAGUCUAUUUACUACUUGCUCUAGAAAUUCUCCAAACAUAGUAGUUAAUAUCAGUGCAUCUUUAUUUGACAUGUUUUAUUUCCAUCUCAGCUUCUGCUCUGUUUUGAUUAACAGCUAAAUGCAUGCUUAGCCAGCUUAAUUUUUGAUCAAAUGAUUCCAAAAUCUAUUCGGUCAAAAGUCUGACAUUUCUUUUGUCAGCCUUGCUUUGUAUUCGUUUUUGAACAGUCACUUCAACUCACUUAAAAUGGCUAUCUAAAUAUUCUAAUUCAAUAUUCAAAAGACCAGGAAAUAUUAAAAGCCAAAUAUAAUAUAAUUUUUUAUCUAUGUUAAACCCGUCAAAAUUAUUUGUUUGUUUCGUUUUCAUACUCACUUUUAUUAAAAAAAAACUUUGAUCAUAUUCUAAAAACUAAUUUUCUUUAUUAAUACGCCUACUUCUAACGUUAGUAGCGAUGAAGCAUUCAAGAUACUUCCAACUAAAGACUGAAUUUCGGUUUCGGCGCUGAAAGUGGCCAUUUCAUCACUUUCGGCCAAGUUUCGGUUUCGGAUGAAACAAACAAACUCAGCGAUCUUUAUGAACAAACUAGCCUAUCUUUAAGAACAAAUAAAGCGAUCAUUAACAAAAAACUGAACGAUCUUUUACAAAAAACUAAGCGAUCUGUAACAACAAGAUGUUAUAUUAGAUGUUUAUUUAUUAAUAUUCAC